ACAAUAAUAUUGUAUGACUUACCUCCAUAUAAUAGUAUUAUCUCAAAAACAUCAAUAAGUGCCGCCACGGUUUGCAAUAUGUACGAGAUUUAUUAUUCAUUAUUUAAUACAACAAUCACAUAACAACCAAGGAACAUGGACCAAAUAAAUCUCAAUGACUGGCUGGGAUACAAGAAUGAAGCAGAUGAUGAUUCACGGAAAGUUGUCAACAUGGUCCGCAGUUUGCAUUGGAGGGAACAAGGCACCAACCCUCGACACUGCCUUGCCAAUAAAACAGUACUUGAAAAUAUAGCUGAGAAUAUUCUUGUUCAGAAGGCUCUAAAAAUAAGAUCAUGUGACUUACCUGGUUAUCCAAGGUCCACAUUUUUGAUGGUGUUUAGCCCUGAUGGGACCAAAGUUGCAUCAACUCACGGUAACCAUAAUGUAUAUGUAUCGGAACUGGCGAGUGGGAGACAUGUGCGCAUACUGAAGGGCCAUCCACGAACUCCUUGGUGCAUUGCUUUUCACCCUUCCCAUCCGCAAUUAAUUGGCUCUGGCUGCUUAGGCGGCCAGGUGAGGGUAUGGGAUAUUGCCAGUGGUGGAAGUGAAGUGUGGAAUGUGCAAAAUGAGACAGUAAUAGCAUCCAUUGCUUUUCAUCCUCGUGACCAGUUGCUAGUUAUUGCAACUCAUAAUGAAUUGUAUUUCUGGGACUGGAGUCAACCAGCGCCGUUUACUAAAGUUUCAACGAAUAAUGUUAAUGAAAAAGUUAGAUAUGUGGCAUUUGAUGCUCUAGGUUACAAAUUAAUAACUGGAAUAUCCUUAUGGGUAAAUCCUGGAGGAGGCGGCAAUUUAUUAGCUCAGCAGAAUCAACCGCCGGGUCCUGCAACUAAUACCAAUAGCAAUAGAAGAGAUGAUGCUGAUGAUAAUUCAAGUGGAUCCAGGGGACAAGAAAGCCCAGGAACUGCACAGGAUUUGAUAGUAAAUUCAUACCAGAAUCUGGUGCAAAGAUAUGAUAGUCUUGUUAGGAAUUACCAACGAUUAUUCAGAGUUCGACACCGACUCGUAAACACGAACACGCCAACUCCACCAAACACGAUGGAUAGAGGUACUGAUCCCAUGGAAACUGAUAUGUCAGCUGGUAUGUCAAGUUGGACACGAUCACCUCGUCCUUCUACGUCAUCAUCAUAUAAUGAAGGUUCAACAGCACAUCCAAUUCCUGCAAGACCUCAUCGUCAAGAAAAUGGAGAUAGUAGUGGAGAGAGCAGUGGUAGUCGCUUACUCAAUCUAGAUGUAUUGUCUAUUAACAGUAACCCUACGAGAAACCAACAUUUGUCAUCAAAUCAAGAACAUUCCACAUUCGGAUCCCGAUCCUCGGCAUUUCAACCUCUAGGUGAUACAAGGAGGACGUUCCGAUCGAACGACCCACACGAACUCAACUCAACUAGACUACUACUAAAUCCAUUUUCAUCUUCUAAUAACUCACCUAGACCUAAUAGAAAUCCGUCUGAUAGUCUUAGCCAAUUAUACAGGAAUAUCGGAAAUGCAUCUCGCACGAGCAUAUUCACGUCGUCGAGACCUGAUUCCGAGCGCACAAACUUAGUAAGAGAUUUCGCCCGACUCCGGCGGAAUUCUUCUCCGUCGCAGGCUACCCGUAUGCCGCCACGGUAUAAUGCUCCGAACUUCACAGAUGAAUCGCCGUCGACGUCUGCGGGACGAGCGUCCACCUCUGCUAACUCGCAACGGCCGACCAUGACGUCCACUUCCACACAGAUGAGCCCGAUCACGGCGCCCGUAGACGCUCAAAGCAUUAACGAGAGCCUAGACUUAAUACGCGAUAUUUUGAGAGACUCAGGAACUAGACUGCUGAACUUGAUUACAAACAUGUCGCUGACUACAUUGGAGAGUGUCGAGCGCAGCAUGCCGCGGCGAGGCGCUGCUCGGGCGCAAUCGGACGAUGGGGACACCGCCCGUCCGCGUCUCCGCCUAUUUAGAUCCUCUCCUCGCCGCGAUUUGCUUACCUCGAGCUCAGACUCAGAUAGCGACCUUGAAGUCAAUAUUUUUCGAACAAGAAACUCUUCCUUUAGGGAGGACGACGCUAGAGGCGAGGAGGCUCCUUCCGCUGCUACUACAAUUCGUCCAACUGAUAACAGACCAGCGGCUACAGAUCGCAUGGUGUUUGAGUUGAACAAUGAUUUGCCUGAAGAAGAAUCAUCUCGAGAUGCUGGCGGUUUCAAUGUGUCGGUAUCCAGAUGCAGAUUUCGAGUUAGGACACAUGAUGAUUUCUUGGAAGCUGGCCCGAGUACGUCUAAUAACCGAAGUGGAACCGAGUCCGCAAAUGUAAGAACCGGAAACGAAACUUCAAAUAUUAGAACCGGUACCGAAACUUUCAAUGUUAGAUGCGGACCUGAGACUUCAGUCAUAAGAAACAGGACUGACAACACUAACGUAAGAAGUAGCACUGACAACUUUAACAUGAGAAACACGACUGAGACGACAAAUGUCAGAAAUAUGGCUGAGAUGCGAAAUAUUACUAGUGAUACAGAAACAUCUAAUGUUAGAAGAGAGAAUGAGACAUCAAACAAUACAAACGAUACCGCGGCUUCCGGAAGUCGUGAAACAAACAAUUUCGGUUUUAAUCCAAAUCGCCCUUCGACCAGUAGAGAUAGUACUAAUUGGCCGAGAGGUAGUGUUAUACCACCUGAUGAAGCAUACAGAAAAGUGAAAGGUGGUGUCAAAGCAUUACAGAAACACACUUUACAGUUGACAAACAUGUGGUUGCGUGGAAACCGCACUACUAUGCGAGAAUUGCGUGUCAUGUGGGAAAAUUUACGUCGACGAGUAUUGAUGUUGCAUAGAGAAACAGGAAGACAAGAUUCACCUAGUUACUAUACACGGUCACUGUUGGAAAGAUGUAUGAUGUUAACUGAAAUGUCAGACAACAUAACUUUAAAUACAAAUAGAGGUUCUAGAAGCAAUCAGAGAAAUGAUAAUAAUAACAGGAGCACAGGAGUGUCUCGUGACGAAUCUGUAAGUGCAGAUAAUACAAGGACAAAUACUUCCCAGAGUGAACCUAGCACGUCGACUGGAGCUCACACUGACGUUAGACAGCCACGGUCGGGAAGAUCACCUUCAGCCAGAACCUCGUCCAGCUUCCGAUCUUCCCCAUCUAUGAGAAGGAGGUUACAAUCUAGUUAUAGAUGGAGACCGGAAGAUGAACUUAGGAGACGAUCCCGCAAUCCAACCGCUAACCGAUUAGCUGCUCGAUAUUCCAGAUGCCGCAGGGACUACCCACGUGCUAUCGAAAUUAGCGCGACCAGACAUGAGAUACAUAUGCGUGCUAUGCAAGUAUUGUCUGUAAUGUUUAAUAUGAUGAUGAUGUGUUUGGAAGAGCGUGGUCUUAGUCAGCUCAUUAUUGAUAUGUUGCGAACACUGAAAAAAGCCUUAGCAUUGACAUGUUUAAUGUUGAUGACAAACAGAAAUAACGGAAGAUCUGGAAAUAAUCCAAUGACAUCUACUCAACCUGUAAAUUCCCUGAAUGUUGUUCGUAUUCAGAACGUUGACCACACUGGACCUGUUAAUGUAGACGGACCUGAUGAUCCUGCCUCACCGCAUGUUGCAAAUGAUGGAGAAGAGGAUCGAUCGCAAAUACAAACUGAUGAAAAUAAGCAAAGUAGUUAUGAAACACCUUCAACAUCCCAUUCAACGGCUAUUGAUAAUAAUAACAUACAAGAAGAUUCUCCGACUCCUUCGCAAAGCGCUUCACAAAGAUGGAGUAAUCGUCUCGCUGUACAAAUUGCUGCCGCUAAUAGAAAUAAUUCAGCAACCGCAAGAAACAGGCGAGAAUUGUAUUUAGAAAGUAGACGACUAAAAGCUUUACACAGAACGAACCCAACUGCGCACCCGCUUAUUAAAAAGAGAGCACUUCCUCCAGUUUCGACUUACAGAAUUCCAGCGUUGCGUUCUUUGCCCAGUAGACUCAAAGAGCCAUCCUUAUUCACACCCAGACGGAGACCUGGGCCAAGUAAUAACGAAGAACCAGUCGCUGGGCCGUCAAAUGCGCCGUCAGAAACUUCAAGUGCUCCAAGGCCUGGAAACGUCGAAGCAAUGAAUGAAUUUGAGCAUAGAGUUAAUCUAAUUCGCAUAGCCCACAUGCAAGCGGUCAAUUUUAGAAACGCAGCUCGUAAUAGGUUCAGGCGUCUUCAGACAAUUCGCCUAUACACGCCAUCGUCAGUGCGAGAAAUGUUCGCCCUUUCAUCAAACAAUUCAGAAAAUCAACAAAGCAAUCAAUCUCCUCUACAAAAUGCAUCAGAACAUGGCAAUCGUCGUACUUUCGCAACGUAUCGACCUCAUAUUCUAACACCUCGCAGUGAAUCUGUCGGUACGCCUAUUGAUGAUGACUUACAUACAAUUUUCAACAACAUUAACUUGCCACUUAUGCAAGUUAAUGAACAGCCAACUAGCUCUGAAAGCCAAGGAAGUCCUCAAUCCCAGCGUUUGCCGCGAAUCCACGAAUAUCUGCAACCCAUUAUAUUAGCGCAGAAUGCAAUGGUAAUGGAUGUAGAAGGCGGCGGAGCAGAUGGUAACGGGGCGGGGCCCAGUGGCAGUGGUAGCGGUGGCGGAGGCGGAGGCGGCGGCGGCGGAGUAGGCGCGGGCGCGGCGGCGGGGGCCAUGCGCCGCAUGAGCGGCAUCGCCGGCCUCCUCGACGCCGGCAUCAUCUCCGAGCCCGCGCCCUCGCACCGGGUGCAGGCCUGGGACUUCACCACCGGCACCACGCCCGAUAUCGCUGAUAGUGAAAAGAAUGUAGUGGUCCCGAGAUGCAAAAUUCAUAAUGAUGCCAGCAUCGACAUAUCUAAAGAUGGCCGACUACUAGUAGCUUUAUUACCGUUGCCCCGAUUCAGGAGCACUAAUCAAUGGCUCGGCGUGUACUCGCUGGAGUGGGCGCGGCUGGGCCAGUGCCUGCACACGGCGGCGCUGGAGCAGAGCGCGGUGUCGGUGGCGCUGUCGCCCACCGCGCGCCACCUCGUGGUGGGACUCGGCUCGCGCCGCAUCACCACCACGCCCCACUCGCGCAACAACGUCUUCGCGCUCCUCUACAAGCUUUACCCCAAAGGAAAUACAAGUAGAACUAGCCUGUUGCCGAUAAAGGAAUUAGAACAGAACUGGGAGCACAGUUUUACAAGCCUCAAUUGCAUCCGCUGGGCGCCUCAGCCUGGACAGGGCCUGGUAUACGCCAACAACACCGGUCAACUUAUCAUCAUGAGCUAAGUGCACUCUCAAUAAAGACGUACAUGCAUGAUAUAUGCAUAAUAAACGUAAUGACUAACUCACCAUAUACUACAUAUGUGUUUAUGAAGAAAAGCGUAAUUACUGCUAAUGCUACAAAACUUGUAAUUUAACAGCGCGAAAUACAUAUUAAAUGACAUUUUUUAUAACUAUUUUCCCGUCAAUCGUAUAUUUACAUUCUAGACGAGUAUGAACAAUGUAUUUAGGUUCAUACUAAGUUUCUGAUCUCGCUGUUUAGACUUAUUUGGACUUAUUGUGAUGUUGAAGAAUUUGGAAUCUUUUUCAUAUAAAGGUAAGAUAAAAGUAACCAAUGUUGAUAACCAUGUAAUGAAUGUAAAAUGUUUGUAUCGUUGCGUUCCUACACAUUCGUUAUAUAGUAGAAGGUUGUAACAACUCUGGAAGCUGUUUCAAAAGUCGGUAAUUGAUAUUUGUGAAAUCUUCUAUAUCUUGACUGAGACUUCAGAACUAAUUAAUUAAUAAAUAUAAGAAGUAGGUACGCAAAUUAAAAAUAUAUUAAGAAUAAUUAGGAUUUUAAAUAGUAUCAAUAGCGCUGCUCUAUGAAAUGAAAUAUAGUAUUUCAGUAAACUUGUUUAUGUUACUUUUAUGGAAUAAAGUCUGAAAUAAAAUAUUACCUUUCUAAAACGAAACAUUACUUAGUAUCUACUACUAUAUCUAAUAUCGGUUACUUAGAAUUUCAAUUUAAAUAAAUUAUUCUGGACAUAAGAACAAUUAGGUAUAUUAAAUUAGGAGUAAAAAUAUUCCAAUAGCAACUUGAUUAUUGGUUAAUUACUAUGGUAUUUAUUUAUUAAAAUAUAUACUCUAUUAGUUAUUGUAUAAAAUCUCAAUCGGUAUAUUUAUGCUAUUUUCCAUCAGAUUAAGACAGUGGAUCUGAUAUUUGUUACUGAGCAUUUGUAGAUAUUAUGUAUAUGACACGUAUCGUUUUUUUAAUUAAGUAUCUUUGUUCUUUAUAUCUAAUAUUCUUUCU